CCCCCAGUCCAACUGGAAACAAACAGCACACAAUGCUAGAGUGACGCACCUUAAGUAGUACAAACUGUUGGCCCCUUCUCAAAUAACCUCUCUCAACACACUGCUCAUCCCGCAAAGUGGCAAAGACGAAGCACAAGAAGAAGAAGAAGAAUGAAACCUCCCCAAUCCCCUCCAAAAGCUGCCACUCACUCCACUCCACCACAUCAAACACACCGCUCAAGAUCAAAACACUAGCAAGAGCAUCCCGUGAGACGCAAAACGGGGCACUGAAUAAGACGAUCUCGCGGCCGGCAAUUGUAGGACCCAAGAUCCCACUCUCAUAGCCAAACAACAAAAACAGUAGCCUUUGGGCCUUCCUGUUCUCUCGCGGACAGCCGACGGCCACGAUUCGCCCGGACCAUUCAAAUUCGAAAUUUGAACUUUGGCGCGAGAUCACGGUGGAAUAUCCCGGCUGGUCGCGCGAGAAAAGCCAAGCUUGUCAAUGCUGUGUGCCAAAGGCCUCCCUCUUUUGCACGCUCGUGCCCUUCUCCUACCCCCUCGCUUAUCAAAUUACUAAACUAUUGCCGUGUAGGUACCCAGCGGAUUUGUAUAAGUAUUCAUCUCCUCCUUGCUCGCUCCCCCCUUGUUUGGCUGCAGUGUUUUAUAAUCUUCUCGGUGCUUGCUCGUAUAAAAAAUUCUCUCCUUUUUCCUUCCAUCCUCUUCUUCCCCUUCCCUGUGAGCUUUUCUCCCCUGCUCGAGUGGUGUGGAGCAAACCAUCUAUCCUGUUUGUGAUCUAGCCAGCACCACCAAAUCCAUCCUGUCUGCGUGGUUUGCAAUCGUAGCUAGCAGCACAGCUCCAUCCUGUCUCGUGAUCCAUCCUGUCAUGUGAUCCGAUCCUGUCCAGCGAUCACUCCAUUCUGUUUGUCAGAGUAGCACUUCCAUCCAUCCUGUUCGUGAUCCAUUCCAGCGAGCAGGGAGCUCACACUUCGUCCUGUUUGUGAUCCACUCCAGCGAGCGGGAGCUCUCACUCCAGCAGCACCAAACUGGAACUUCCCCCAAGAGUUUCUCAUCCGGGAUCAUGGCCAACUGGAGAGCUUCUUCGGCGCGGCAGCAAUGGAACUCGAGAGCUCCAACAGCAGCGGCGGCGGAGGACGAUUCCUGGGAAGUGAGAGCUUUCGCCGAGGACGCCGCCAGCUGCAGCGGCCAGUGGCCUCCACGCUCCUACUCUUGCAGCUUCUGCGCCAGGGAGUUUCGGACGGCCCAAGCUCUCGGCGGCCACAUGAACGUCCAUCGUCGCGAGCGAGCAUACGCCAACCAGCUCGGCUUGAUCUCCAAGGCGGCCUCCAAUUCCUCGUCCGCCGGCGUAGCUCCUGUUCCUGUUGUCCCUCUCGGUGGCGUUGGAGCCGGCAGCAAUAACAAUCCUGCCGGCAAUGCUCCCAGCAUUCCCAGCUCCAACGAUCACUCGUCAGCUUCUGGAGCUCCUUCCACUCCACCAGCGCUUGGAUUUUGCUGGGUGUAUCCGUAUCACCAUCCUCUAAACCGGCCACCUAUACAUAUGCAUCCCGACCACGCUGCGAAUUUCGUCUAUCCACAACAAAUGCCCGCUGCUGCUGCUGCCGCUGCUGCCAUUUUUUCUCCUCAUCCCGUCAUUGCUGCGAGCACUGCUGCUGGUCCCGAAUUGUCACUGUCUCCACCGAAUGUGUCCUUGAGCACCACUAACAACAGCUCGUCGCUUUCGUCGUCGCCGUCCCACAACUUGGCCUCCCUGAAUUCCAGCAGCGGCAGCGACUCUUCGACCGGUAGCCUCCGAAAGAAACUAGCGGUUGCUGUCAGCUUCAACCAGCCUUCACCAGACGAGAAUGGAAAUGUGAUGAUGAAGUGUCCUGAUCUGUCCGGGAUGAAACUGAUCGUGGUCGACGGCGAGGCGAAUGCGCUUGACUUGGAACUUCGGCUGGGACACUCGAAAUCGAUAUCCGAGCCUUCUUAAGUUUUUUGCUCUAGUUUUGGAGGAACCAUUAUUUUGACACCCAGAAUUUUG